CAACUUACUAUUGUUCAAUCCAAGUGACAAUUAGAUUGCCUUUGGUAUAUAAACCGCUUCGGACUCAAUCUUCCUCAAUCCCCAAUCUUCAACCCUCACCAUACACUCUCUGAGACCUCUUCAUCACUUUCGUAUCCAUUCAAACUGCUGGUCAGUUUUUUUUUCAACAAAUACCAAAGAGAGCUGUUGCCGGAUCAACACCUCCUUCAACUCAUCUCUCACAAUGGACCCUUUCAACUACAACGGUUCCCGCGGCUACAGGGACUUCGACGGAUUCGACGUUUAUGACGACUACAUCGAGUUCGACGAUGUCGUCGAGAGUGUCGAGGUCGGCAAUUACGCCGGCUACAGCGGUGUUUUCGAGCCCAACCUUCAUCCCAGGCCCCCUCCUGGCCCAUUUCCUCAGCGCUGCUUCACUCUCUCUCCAACUCCGCAGCGCCACAUCGCCUAUCCGUCGUCUCCACAACGCCGUACCUCUCGCUCAUCUUCUCCACGAAGUGACACUGGCUCUCUUCGCCAACGCCGUGCCACUCGUUCUUCUUCCCCCGGAUCCGUCUCUGGCUCGCCUUCUCUCCGAAGCCGAUCCAGUCGCUCUUCUUCUCCACUCGGUCCUCGACCGCAGCGAAUUGUUCGGAUCCGCUACUCGGAUCGACUUCAGCGACGUUUCCGCCUCAAGGAGCACUUCCGUGCCCUUGAGCGCGCCUAUCUGCACCAUCGCGAGAUGGCCAUGCAGAGACACCAACUCGAGCUCGAACAGCUAUACCAGCUGUACUUCGUCUUCUGCCUUGUUCUCGUCGGUCAAUUUGGCCGUCAGAAUGAGUAGAAUCCUCAGCAUGGUCUUCAGAGAUUCUGAACGCCUACCUAUGGCCCCUUCUUCCACAGCAUCAUCGGGUCCUUCAACACACUUAUCAUCUGCAUUUUUAUCAGCUUUCAUGGGGUCUUCAUAACCAGUUUUGGUCUUGGUAGUAUAACUGGUACUACCAAUUCAACUUUCACAGCCACUGAGUUUUUAUCAUAGCAUAGAAAUGCCAAUCAAAACUCACUACAUUCAUAAA